GCGCGGAAUCCGCCGCCCUGUUCUCGAAAUUGCGAAGCUUCUCCAUUGGGAGCGGGCCCAACUCGCCGCAGCGUGUAGUCUCCAAUCUGCGCGGCUUCCUCACCCAUCGCCUGAGCAAUAUCACACCGAGCGACACAGGUUGUUCACUGGCAUUCGUACAACACCAAAUUCAACAACAGCUACACGAAAACAUGUAAACCACACAAGAGCAGCAAUAAUUGUUAACCAAAAGCAACGAUAAACCACCUCAAAAGCGAGCUGAACAAAAACUGAUUAAUUGAAAGAAGAGUGCGGAAGAGCGGAACCGGAAGUAGUCAUAUUUUUGCAAGCAACUUCCGGCUGUGACCAUGAAAAGCUCCCAGAUCGGCUCAUGAAACCGCAAUAAAGAAAAGCUUUAAGGCAAAAGGAAGGAGACAAAGGUAACUGUCAGUACAAAGAGUAUAGAACAAAGAGAAACAGCUAAAGAAAGCGAAAAUCAGAAACUGAAAGAGUAGGAGAAAGAAAGUCCUUAAAAACCUCUACAACUAAAAACAAAGAGCAACCACCAAAAUGGCCUCAUUUCAAAUACCUGUAAUCAACCUCGAGCUGCGUGAGGUUAAGGAGAUCGUAUGGGAGAAGAUCCAGGAGCCUGUGAACCAGCGUCGCCUCAUCCUGGUGAUCGUGUCCAUAGCCCUGCUCCUGGACAACAUGCUCUACAUGGUGAUAGUGCCGAUAAUACCCGACUAUCUGAGGGAAAUCGGCAGCUUCGACGAUGGACCGACGCCACCGCCAUUACGGGAUAAUAUAACGGGAAAAAUCAUACCCGUACACCACGACCACCAUGGGCAGGACUCUGCCACGGGCAUCCUGUUUGCUUCGAAGGCCAUUGUCCAGCUGAUGGUGAAUCCCUUUUCGGGCGGCCUUAUCGACAAGAUCGGCUACGACAUUCCCAUGAUGAUCGGCCUGACCAUCAUGUUCUUCUCCACUGCUGUGUUCGCCUGUGGCAGCAGCUACAGUGUCCUUUUCUUCGCCCGAUCCCUGCAGGGAGCUGGCUCCGCCUUUGCGGAUACAUCGGGACUGGCCAUGAUCGCCGAUCGCUUCACGGAGGAAAACGAGCGCUCCCAGGCGCUGGGCAUUGCGCUGGCCUUCAUCAGCUUCGGGUGUCUGGUCGCACCGCCGUUCGGAGGAGCUCUAUACCAGUUCGCCGGCAAGGAGGUGCCCUUCCUGAUCCUGGCACUGGUGUGUCUGCUAGACGGCCUAAUGCUACUGCUGGUGAUGAAGCCCGUGAAGGAGCAGAUCAAGCAGAGCAAGCAGGUACAGGACCAGGUGAUUCCCAUCUGGCGUCUACUCAUGGAUCCCUACAUUGCCGUCUGCGCCGGAGCCCUGACUAUGUCCAAUGUGGCACUGGCCUUCCUGGAGCCCACGAUCUCGCUCUGGAUGGAGGACACAAUGACCACGGAAAACUGGAAAAUCGGAAUGGUCUGGCUGCCGGCGUUCUUCCCCCACGUCCUGGGCGUGGUCAUCACCGUGAAGAUGGCCCGCAAGUAUCCGCAGCACCAGUGGCUCAUGGCCGCCGGAGGACUGGCCCUCGAAGGACUCUCCUGCUUCAUCAUCCCCUUCUGCAGUGGCUACAAGAUGCUGAUGUUGCCCAUCUGUGUGAUUUGCUUCGGAAUUGCCCUGAUCGACACCGCCCUGCUGCCCACCCUGGGUUACCUGGUGGAUGUUCGCUAUGUGUCCGUCUACGGAAGUAUCUACGCUAUUGCGGAUAUAUCCUACUCGAUCGCCUACGCCGUAGGACCCAUCAUUGCCGGAGGCGUGGUGGAGGCCAUCGGAUUCACGGCCCUCAACUUCCUGAUAGCCUUCUCCAAUCUGGCUUAUGUUCCGGUGCUAAGAAAGCUGCGCAAUAUCUACGACUUUAAGCCAUUCGAGAACGAGGCCAACAUCCUGAUGCAGGACCCGCCCAACAAGGAGUACCAGACCUAUGUGAUGCACGACCAGAAGCCCGUGGAGGGCGGCCUGAGAAAUCAUUUGGAGUACGGGCAGCAAUAUCAGCAGGAGCAGGAGACCAACCUGGACGAUCCGCAGUACGACUACCAGGCUCAGCAGGGAUACCAGCAGGCGGGAGGCAGCUAUCAGCAGGAUCAGGGCUACCAGCCGGGCUACCAGGAGCAAGGCGGCAGCUACGCCCCCCAGGGACAGGCCCCCCGUGUGGCCAAUCCCUUCCAGCAGCAGCAACAGCAGCAGCAACAACAACAGCAGCCUCAGAGCAGAGGUCCUGCCGGACCGGCGAAUCCCUUUAGGCAAGGAUUUUAAACUGUUGCCCAAAACCGUUUAAAAACAAUACCCCAAUAAUCCCUAUCGUUAAAUCAUGUUUCGUUUUGUAUUCUUUGUUGAACCUACUACUAUAAAAUAACAUAUACCCCCGAAAAAAAAAGCAAAACUUAUAUAUUUAGCCUAGAAAUAUAUAGCAAGUGGUACGUACACUAUAACGAGCAUAACAUCUAGAUCAGAUAGUUAAAAAGCAGCUAGUUAAAGCCUUGCACUGCACCAAAUUUUGUAUUAUACACGAAUGUUGAAGCAACUAAAUAAUCAGGCAGUGAUGGGAGAGCUACUAACGAGGUCAUCUGGGUGGGGUAAGGGGUUAACAAUGGACUUGAUGUUCAAAGACAGGCUAUUGCAAAAUACUCCAAAUCAAAAUAACUAAAUAUACAGAAUUCAAACGAUUUUUUAUAGAAUGAAUAAAACUUCUAAAAGCAAUAUUCCAUAAUUUUUAUAAUUAUAAUGUAUUUCCACCUGACCAUUUUCCCCACCUAGAUAAGGUAUCAAGUCCCAAAUGGAGUUCUCCCAUCACUGGCUUCGAAUAUAUAUACAAAUCGCGUAUAUGCCCCAGCAUAUAUAGCAGCUAUAUAGAGUGGCCCGAUCGGGUCGCCUAUGCCCUAUACUCAGUACUCAUGCAGCCGUUUUCGUGUCUAUCAGUCAGUGAAGCUAGAGAAACCAAAGCCUAGGCGUAGUUAGUGGUUAAGGGGAGGGUCGGCAUCAGCCCCCUCCCGCCAUAUCAAAUAUAUACAUACCAGAUAUUAUAUACACGCAAAUAUAAAGAAUAUCUAUAUACAAGUUAGAGCGUAAGCGGCUAGUCCGGCCAUCGGACCACUUUCGCUGAAGUGCCGCCGAGUGUUUGUUGCACAGACAGUGGCAUCAAUAUCGCAGACAUAUCACAAGUUGCACAAAUCGAAACCCUCCCCCACAGAAGGAACUAUAUUUCGGGUGUCACUGUGGCGGACUUGCAGCGGAAGUGGCUUCCUGGCCGGAGUGGCUACAUGAUUUCCGGUUCAAGAAAAACAUUUUCGGUUCAAAAAUUAUUAACAUAAGACACAACCAAGGUAACGAUACAUAUCAGAGUCGAAUGGCUCGCCUGUUAAAAUUACCAAAAGUGAUAUUACUUAUUGCUACUAGCCUCUAAAAAUAUAUAUACUAUAUACAUAUAUCGUAUCAUAUCGUAAAAACCUACUUUUAGGCCGUGCAUAAACUGUACAUAAGUUCUACAAAAAUUUGAAAUUCAGAUUCAAGUUUCACAUUUACCUACCAAUCAAUUAUUAUUUGCUUGACGACUUCAUGGGUCCCUGGAUCAGGGGAAUGAAGCCCGUGGGAGAUCUUCGAUAGCAUAGCAUAAAUGUGUGUACCUUGUCUAUAAGAUAAAGAUAAACAUUACGAUAAACAUAUUUCAAUAUACAGAUUAACGGUCUAAUUGUAUUUUGAAUUAUUUCAAAUGCACUUUUUGGAUGGCAGUUUACUGCCUCUAUAUAUUAUACACUUUUAGCUAUAUUUAUACCGAUAGGAAUGCUGAUCUUUUUCAGCCUAUUUAUGUACAUUUUCGGAAUGUGUUUUAGCCAGCAAUUGAAGUUAAUUACGAGUACAUAUAUCACAGACUUUCAAUAUCCGUGAGCAUAUCAGUAAACGGCCAUAAAAAGAACUGCUCUCAAUGCUAAGAGUAUCUUAUGAAUUACAAAAGCAAUUGUUUGGAUCGCAGUCUGCAAAUCAUAUUUUAGAUACAUAAAAAUGCACUGAUUUAAAAAAAUCUUAGUUGACAGGAUUUUAGAAAAUAUUCAACAACUUCAGUUGCAACACUUUUGUUUAGAUUUAAAAAGUCAAAUAUUUAUAGCUAAUUUUCCUAGAUUUUGUUAAAGAAAACCUUUUCUUUUUUUUAAUAUUUUGUUCGUAUCAAGACUACACUCAAAAUAUAGCUCUAUAAAUUUACAAAAACUGUAGAAAUAUUCUUAACUAUAAAAUGAAUUAACUCAUGAAAAAUCUCCCAUCAAAAGUAUCAAUUAAAUCGAAGGACAGGUGAGGUCGUGCGAAGUACGAAGUGUUGAAGCUACUAACAUAUUUAUAAAUAUGAAGGGCAAAAACCAAUGAAAAUUAAACCAGAACAAUUAAUAUAGUCAAUAAAAUAUAUAUAUUUAUCAUUAUGUAACAUAUUAUCAAUAGAAGAUUUAAAUAAGUAGCUAUCAAUAGAAUUUUAAUUACAAAUAACCAAACCAAUAUAUGUAACAAACCCUCAAGAAGCAAUAUUUUCUCAAGUUUCAUUGGAAACACUCAUCUAAAAAGAAUAAACGCCAAGCUGAGGGGCCAUGCAAGGGUCAUUCCAUCGUCAAAACUUCAAAUCAGACUUUAGUUUUAAAGGCAAAAUGCUUAGAUUCAAAAACCUUGCCUGGCCCUCGAGGCUGGCUGUAGAUAGAUGUGAAAUAAAAGAUAUAUUAGAGAAUUUCAGGCAUUCAAGAUUUCAAUAGAUUUGAACACUUUUUAACCGAAGUUUGGUAGAGAACAACAUGUAUAUGAAUCUUCCAAUUUGGGUUUACGACAAAAUAUAUAUUUCUACAUCUAAGUAAUCGCAUUAUGUAGUCAGCGGAGGAUGGCGAGGAGCAGCGUAGCCUAAAGGAUACUUAGCAGUGCCGGCAAUGUGUAAUAACUAACUAAACGAAUAAGAGCAAAUGGAACGCAUCAACUAAAUGUGUUGCAACCUGCAAGUAACAUACAUGUACUAUAUAAUAUAUAUAUACGAGUAAAUAGACAUUUAUGAAAUGAAUUAUUAACACAUAAAGCAGUUAAUUGAAUGGUUAUAAUCUGCGUAUUACAAGUGUUGAAUGUUCAAUAGCAUUAUAUGAAUUAUGAAUUAUAUACGCGACAGCUAUGCGCUAUACGGAUAAUUAAUGAGAAAUUAAUUUUUAAUAUCUAAUAUUUACUAUAAAAGACAAACGGAUUUUAACUUUGGCAACAAAAAAAAAUACCGAUAGCACAGAACAAAAAUAAAAAAAAAAUUGAUUUGAUAUUCUUUCGUAAUGGGAAUUCUCUAUCCUCUAUCCGAUAGUUUCUAUGUGUUGUGCAUGUGAAGAAGCGUUUUUAGAAAAUUUAAUUGUAUACCCCCUAGAGAAAAUAAAAUGAGUUUGUAAGCGAGGCCCAAUGGAAGAGUUAAUGCCGCCACAGUUCAGUUUUUGUAUUGUAUAUAAGGCAUAUUGUUAGUUUCGAAUGUCAUUUUUGAAUCAAAGUGUUUCAAGUACAUACAUAUUAUAGUACCGAACUAAAUUAUUACGAAAGUCUUUGCAAUUUGUUUCGGCUAAUGUUAUAGACGUUUGUGUUACAUAUUUACGAGUACCAAUAAAUAUUACGAUAAACAGCGGAAAUUAUUAUUGAAAAUAAGCUGAAGCUGGAGGCGAGGCAAGAACUAACAUUUUAAAUCAAGUAUCCAAAAUCCCAGUUCUGUAACGUUGCUGUUCAAUUUCCAAGUCUAUCCAUCUAUAUUCUAAACGUAAUUAUGUUUGUAUCUGACUACCGACACCAGAUAUCGUUCAAUUUCAAAGUAACCCCCAGAAAAAACAGAAACUAAGCUAUAUACAAGUGCUAUGCAUAUCAAAAAGAAGUAAAUAUUCAAAGACUUGACAUAGCUAGAGCAUAUAUUUCCAAAGCAGGCCUAAAGCGAAAUCGAAUUUGGCAGGAGAUGGCAAGCAAGCAAUCAGGAACUGCCUUUAAGAAACAAAAUGUCCUUGAAGUGAGCUGGGGCAAAUCAAAAUAUUUGCUGCUGGGGAGCUUCAAGGACGCGCCACACUCGCACAUCCAUGAAUUUAUAAACGAAUUUGGACUGCAUCGUUCGAGAAUUGCAAAUUGCAGAUGCAUGCUUCUGGCUAUGGGAAAAUGUUUUGAAUCAUGAAUUGAAUUGAACGAGCAGAAAUAUAACCGAAAGUACAUUAAAGCAUACACGAAUACCGAUGAUAUUGGCAAGAGCUAUAAAGGAAUGAUAAGGCAUUAUUACAGAGCCACAGCAAACACACUCCCAACACCCACACAACACCCCACACCCCCAACACCCAACAGAAACAAAAUAACACAAAAACAAACAUGUACUAUUGAAAUAUAAUUGUUAACCAUGAAAA